AUGCCGACAUCAUCGAUACGAGUAAUCGGCAUUUCCACCGAGGAAUUCGACUCCAAGGAUCAGUCGAAGCAAAAAUCAAGUCCAACUUUCAGAGUUCACGGGCGACUCAAUGUGAAUAGUCAAGUUGAUGCAUUCGACCUGGUACGGAUCGACCUACGUGGUGCUAUCAAGACUCGGAUUGGAUCGAAGAACGCCAUUGAACCACUACCUUCCUCGACGCUGGUGAAGAGCCACUUGGACUUCAAGCCGGCUUAUAAUGCGUCACGAAAUGCCACUGAGGACCAACGCCUUGACUUUAUGAUGCAGCUUCCCAGUAGAAGUUCUCGGCAAGAAAAGUCCAAGGAUGCCACAAAUGGCUCGACGAAUGCUUUCGUUCCCUCGCUGUCCCUGGCUGCAUCAACAUAUAUCACCAGAGUGACCGCCCUGAAAGACCGGCAUCUUGUGGAAGGAUCUUGUCAAGUGGUCUACUGGCUAGAGGCAGAACUUGUUCAAUCAGGUUCCGAGAGGAUUGUACGCAAAUUGAGUUGUCCAGUCGACGUGUCAUCUUUACAUGUACCUCUAACUGUUGAGGCCAUCGACGAAACCUCCGUCGAGCAGGUCAUUAAGCCCAAAUCUCGAAGACUGAGCAGAGUCUUCAGCUCGGUGCCAGAGCCACAGGUCUCGGUCAAAAUGCCACGCCAACUUGGGACAAUGUCCUCGGCCUCAGCCAAGUUUGCCACAGGAAGCCGCCAUCUGUCUGUCCCCGUCACCGUGACCCUCGACCUCCCGGCUGGCACUUCCCACCAGACUCUGACCUCGCUGGAGACGAACACGCUACAAUGCUCCAUCAGAACACACUGGUAUACCAGUAGGACAUUCGGAACAUCCAGCCUGUCACACUUCGAAGGCAAGCAAUUAAACCCGGGCACCGUCAUCCGCAACACCACGCUAUCAGGACAAAAACUCGAACUCAACUUCCCUCCGCUGUACAACUCGACCACGGAUGGAAACAGCAGCACGUCGAAAAAAUUCUCCACCUCGACGAUGAUCGACCUCAUCCUCCCCGAAUCCAUCUCCAGCCCUACGGUGUCGACCGAGUUAUUAGACAUCGGAUACUGUCUCGACAUGUCCAUGAAGUUCGCCUUCGACACCAACGACUCGAUCAUGCGCCCUUGCACCGCCGACUUUCAUCUACCGGUCACGCUGUCGGCCGCUCAACCCACCAUCAUGCUCAACUUGCAACGAUCCGCUCCCCUCGCCGGUCUGGUCGAGCAAGGCCUCGUCGUGGCCCCUCCGCCCUAUAUCUCAUGA